AUGAGACUCGGUUCUCCAAACAAGGCCAACUGGAGGAGGUUGGUGCCUAUUACACCUUCUUCUGGAGCGGGCGCUCCAAGGCAGAGUGACGCCUUCACAAUCCGAAACGACCUCGUGGGACGACUGCCCUAUUCGCCUGCCUCUCCCGGGAGACGAAUUCGCCACCAUCACCAGUGUCUACGUUCUCCGAUGACCAGCUCUGAUGCCGCAAGGGCCAAAUUCUUCGAGCAUCUGCACGCCCUCCUGGCGGCUGUGCUGAACGCGGACAAGUUAUUUCUUUGGUGACUUCGAAGCCCACGUCGGCACAGACCAUGCUGCCUGACGAGGGAUGCUGGGUCCCCAUGGUGUUCAUGGCUCUAGUGACAACGGCCUACUCAUUCGAACCUUUGCAGAACACCGCCUCAUCCUGACCAACACCUUGCCCCUGCCGGUUCGAGAGAAGAUCAUUUGGAUGCAUCCUUGGUCAGGGCGUUGACACAUGCUAGACUAUGUCCUCAUCUGGAGGCGAGACCAUCGGGACAUGCUGGUGAAAAAGACGAUCCGGAUGCCGACGGGUUAACUGACGAUCGUCUCGUCAUCCCCAAGAUGCGGAUUCGCUCACAACCUCGCAAGAGACCACAAGGUAAGUGGCCCCUUGGUAGGUAGAAUAUUGCUUCGUUAUCUUUGCCUGCUAACUACGGUCACACAGCCUUCCAGUCCCCGCCGCUAAUGAAAAUGCCUCCGUGGGGAAGCAGUGGUGUCAACUGCGGGACACCGUCCAGUCAACGACCCCGUCUGUUCUCGGUCACGUAUGUUACCCAAACCAGGACUGGUUUGAUGACAAUGACGCCGCCAUCAUCAAGCUGUUCGCCAAGAAAAACAGUCUGCACAAAGCUUACGUUAUCCGCUCGACCGACGUGAACAAAGCAGUCUUCUGCCGUAGUCGAUGCCUUGUGCAACAGCGGGUGUGUGAGAUGCAGGACGCUUGGACGGCUCGCAAGGCCGAGGAGAUCCAAAAAUGGAAGAACUUCUUCCUCGCGAUCAAAGCUGUUUACGGUCCCACAGCCAAAGGCACCGCUUCUGUUCCCUGUGUUAACGAAACAACUCUAAUCGCUGAGGAGACACAAAUUCUGCGGUAA